AUGAGGUUUUUCACCGCCACAGUGCUUGGGUUGCUUGCACCCAGCCUGGCUGCCGCAACCAACCUGACCGUCCCGUCUCGACUUGCUCUCCCAUCCGACUUCAAGCCUGCGCAGGUCUUCAAGAACACAAAUCUGGUUCGCAAUACCAAUUUGGAGAAAUCAUACGUCCGGGAGACUGUCAAUGUUGUCGUGGAGAAUGUCGACGACCAGCCACAGAGCGACUACUACAUUCCUUUCCCUUCGGAUGUAUUUGAGCACGUUGGAGGAUUCGAAGUGCGUGACAAGAAGGCCACUGGGAAGGGGCGUUUUGAGGUAGACGUUACCGAGGCUGUUUCAUCCAGCGGUAACCAGUACUUCGUCGUCCAUUUCCCCGAGCCUCUGGCCCCGAAAUCUCAGAUUACUCUUGGAAUCUCCUACUCUGUCCUGUCCUCCCUGAGCCCGCUCCCGGCAACCAUUGGACAAAACGACAAGCAGUACCUCACCCACAGCUUCUCCGCCUAUAUCAACUCCGCCUAUCAGACCGUCACUCAGAAGACUAAGCUGAAGUUCCCCAGCGCCGAUGUCCCCGACUAUACCACCACCGAGGGCCUCAAGUCUGGCGCCGACCCGGAGCGCAAGGGUGCCACGUAUACCUACGGACCCUACGACACGGCCAAGGUCGCCCCCGGUACUGAAUACCCCGUUACCGUGCGCUACCAGUUCACCAACCCGGUGAUCACCGCAAGCCUUCUGGAGCGUGAUCUGGAAGUGUCGCACUGGGGUGGAAACCUGGCCACCGAAGACCGGUAUUGGCUGCGCAACAAUGCUUCGCGGCUGACUACCCAGUUCUCGCGCGUUGAGUGGACCUUCUCCUCCUACCAGAAGACCCCGACCUCCGCCGUGCGUGAGCUCACCUACCCUCUGCUGCCCGGCUCGGUCGAUGCGUACUUCAUCGAUGACAUUGGCAAUGUCUCCACCAGCCGCUAUCGCCCCGGUACUGCCAAGACUGGCGCCAAUCUGGAGUUGAAGCCCCGUUACCCGAUCUUUGGUGGUUGGAACUACAGCUUCAAGGUGGGCUGGAACAACGAUCUGUCUGCUUUCCUCCGCAAGGCUACCGGCUCCGACUCGUACGUUCUCAAGGUGCCUUUCAUCCAGGGCCCCAAGAUGGCAGAGGGUGUUCAGUAUGAGCGCGUGAUUGUGCGUGUCGUUCUUCCCGAAGGCGCACACAAUGUGCGCUACGAGCUCAUCGAGGGCGCUGCCAGCAACGGUCUGCCUGGUGCGAACCAGAUUCACGCAAGCCUGUCCUCGCUCAAGACUUACAUGGAUACCCUCGGCCGGACUACUUUGACCCUGGAGGUUGACAGUCUGACCGACGAGGCGCGCGACGCUCAACUAGUGGUGACCUAUGACCACACCCUCGUUGAUGCUCUGCGCAAGCCACUUACCAUCUUCGCCGGUCUUUUGACCGUCUUUGUUGGUAUCUGGUUCAUUGGCAACCUCGAUGUCAGCAUCAAGAAGCGGUAA